AUGUUGCCAGAAGCUUUGAUCCCGCUAUGGUGGCUAGUUCAGUACUCCAAUGCGAUGGUCAUCGAAACCAUUGCCACUGUCGAAAGUCCCCGAUCCGGCAUCACCGACUCUUUACGCACCACAAUCCACCAUUUACGUGCCACCGCCGGUCCGUUGUUCUGGCUCCGCGGAUUCUUAUUCUUUAUCGUAUAUGAUUUUACAUGGAGUGCUCUACUGCCAGCACUACUCCCAAUCAGUGACAGCUCCUCAUGGAAAGGACACCUACGCUCAUUUCUUUUUCUCGCCUUCCUUGCGAACCUGCGAGUUCUCUGGGUCCACAUCAUUAUCACUAAACCAUCCGCAAAAUACACACAUCAGAGACUCCCCGGACUCAGAUGUUGGAUUCGCAUUGUACCCGUCAUCGUCUUAGAGGCCGUUACGCAGUGGCUGGUGCCGCUGUAUGCUACGGAUCUCGCAAUUUAUCUCUCAAACCUAUCUGGGUUCACAGAUCUUCAUGAUCCAGAAGGUGUCCACAUACUACGUCGAGGCUACAAGCUCGGCAUUCUGGGCCUGAUGCCAUGCUUCGUGACGUGCAUGGCUGUACUUCCGGCACGAACUGCUUUUAUCCGGAUGGCGGCGUCCAUGCUCCCCCACGAUGACGAGCCGAUCGUGCCGCUUGAUCCGAGACUGAGACAGAACCCUCCACCUGGGAUUCUAGAUGCAUGGUAUAGUCUAUCGGACGCGGCAUGGGCGCGCGUCUGGAAGAUCCAGGCCCGGGCAUAUAUCAUGUCUGCUGGCAUCUUUUUCCUAGGAAAAAUGGUCUACCAGGACUUUCAUAGAUUUGCCAUGAUUCCCUUGAUCUGGUUUAAUGGCGGCUGA